GAGCAUUGUUAGCACCACGCCAAGCUGACUGACCAACUCUCUUCCUCUUUCUCAAGAAAUUGGCCGAAACACCGGCAUUUUUAUACCUUUUAAAGCAGAUUUACGUUAGAGAAAAGGCCAAAUCUGCUUCAUAUAUAAAGGCGUGUGUUCUAACUUAUCAUGUCAACAAUGAAUCCUGAAUAUGAUUAUCUGUUCAAGUUACUACUGAUUGGAGACUCUGGUGUUGGAAAGUCGUGUUUGUUGCUUCGUUUCGCGGAUGAUACUUAUACAGAGAGCUAUAUCAGUACAAUCGGCGUUGAUUUCAAAAUCCGAACUAUAGAGCUCGAUGGAAAGACAAUUAAACUACAGAUUUGGGAUACGGCUGGUCAAGAACGAUUUAGGACAAUCACUUCUAGUUAUUACAGAGGAGCCCAUGGAAUCAUCGUAGUUUACGAUGUUACAGAUCAGGAAUCCUUUAAUAAUGUCAAGCAAUGGUUACAAGAGAUUGACCGUUAUGCAUGUGAAAAUGUUAAUAAACUACUUGUUGGUAACAAGUGUGACCUGACUACAAAGAAAGUUGUAGAUUUCACCACGGCGAAGGAAUAUGCAGAAUCUCUUGGUGUACCUUUCCUCGAAACAAGCGCAAAGAAUGCAACAAAUGUUGAACAAGCUUUUAUGACUAUGGCUGCAGAAAUUAAGAACCGUAUGGGUCCAUCACCUUCACCUCAAGGACCUGGUAGUAACGUCAAAAUUAACUCCAGCACACCGGUUAAAUCUGGGGGAGGAGGAGGCUGCUGUUAGUAGUGAUACCCCAUGAAAUAUUAGAACCUAAAGACUAUGAUUCAAUGCCAGUGUCUUCAUUGGAAUCUAAGUGGGUUACUGGCAAAGAAUUGACACCUCUCCUCAGAGUUCUCAUUUUGCUUUACUUUUCCAGUUAAUAARUGAAUUAUUUUAAAUGUUUUCCAGAAGUAGAAUUUCCAGGGUGAGAGCACUAAGGAGAUGAGACUUACCCAUUCCCCAAAUGUAUCUUUCAACCGUCAACAGACAGUAUGUGCAACAUAUAUAUAAAGCCCGUUCAUGUGCAUGCAUGUCACGAAAAACAAAGAUACAAUCAUCCACCUUUAUCAUUUCAAAUAGCGUGAGUUUUUGUAAGACGAAUAAAAGGAAUUUAAAUAUAACUAAAUAGAAUAAGGAUUACCUCCUAUAACUACUAGUCUGUGGCAGUGCUGGUAGAUGUAUGUGGCAAUAAUAAAAGUGCUGAUUAUUUAUCCUUUGGGGUUGUUAUCAUGUGUUWAUGUUCGGCUAAAUGUAAAUUCAUAAAUCUUCAGAUACUCAUUAAUGAUAGCUCAAUUGUUAGUAGUAUUUAGCUACUCAGAAUGAAUAAAAUAUUUGUGUUUUACUAGA